AUGCUGUACGGAUGCAACAGCGCGCAGAGACCAUCUUUUGGUCGCAUGAUGCGCACUCAACAACUCAAUUGGUUAUUAGCUGCUCAACGGGCCUUGGUGUCAGUCUUCUCGGUGUACCAGCCCCCGACUGAUGAUGUGGAUUGGAUGCUUCCCAGGGAUGUUCCUGGUGAAGAGUCAUUAGCGGGCACGACGUGGAGCAAACGACGACCCGUGGGAAAGACGGGACGGAGCAUUUAG